AUGCGCGUUUGCGGCUUGCCUGUGCUCUCGGCCGCCUCGCUGAGCGAGACCGAGCGCGGUGCUGGUGGCGCCGACACUGCCGAUCCGUCGAGCACUGCGACGGCUGCUCAACCAAUGAGAGUCGGCAGCGCUGCCUCUGCGGCUGGUGCGCCGGCACAAACCACGCCAAGCGACUGCAAACUGGGCGCAAACCUGUCUGGCAAUGCUCUGGGCGAGGAUGUCACGGCCUCGCUGGGCCAGAACGUCGGCCCCGAGUGCUCCGCAGCAGCCUCGCUGAGCCAGAACGUCGGCUCGCGAGGUGGGGUGCUAGUCUGGGACCCAUACGUGGCAGUUCCCUUGCUCCAAGCGCUUGCGCUUCGGCGGUAG